AUGGCUCAACAAACACAGAUCACCGCCCAUGGUGCUGCUGGCGCGGCUCUUUAUAGCCCAUUCACCCUGCCUCUGUAUGACACGUGGGUGCUAGGCCUUUCCAACUCAUUCGCUUGGUACUGUUCCACCAAGGAUGUCCAACUCCCGUUCUUCAGAAAGUUCAUGGGCCAUCGCCAUUUGGACAUCGGUCCCGGCACCGGCUAUUACUUGGCCAAUGCCGGUAUUCCAGAGAAGACUCAAAUGACACUUAUGGAUUUGAAUCCUCACUCUUUGAACUACGCCAAGCAGCGUCUGGGCAGACCCGAUACCCAAACCGUCCAGGCAGAUGUCACACAGCCACUCCCAUUGACCGGCGUCUAUGACUCUAUCUCGACUUUCUUCCUCAUUCACUGCCUACCGGGUCCCUUGGAGCGGAAGAUGGUGCUUUUCACGAACCUAAAGCCUCACCUCGCUGAAAAUGGCACUGUCUACGGGACGACAAUUCUCGGUAAAGAUGUCCAACACAACUUGUUUGGGCGGAUCUUGAUGAACAUUUACAACCGCCGUGGCAUCUUUAGCAACUGGGAUGAUGGUGAAAAGGAGUUUCGGGAGGCUCUUUGCAAGGACUAUAGCAAGGUUGAGACAAGUGUUGUGGGACGUGUUCUCAUGUUCUCGGCUUCGCAGCCCAAGCUUCCAUAA